GGACAAGAAGCGCGUUGAUUGAAUUUGAGGCUUCUCUUCCUUUAGCGCGUCUCAAUCGUGACAUCACCCAAGUCGCAGCUUGCUCUUCCCAAAAAGUUUCACAACCACGCAACUUUGACAGCCGUCCACUGGAAAUCUCAUUCAACCGCAAGGUACCUAGCCGAUCCAGCGCACCGCUUCGGUGACUAUCAGAAGAUGGGUAUCAAGAACCUCUUCUCCAUCAUCAAGGAUGAAGCCCCCGACGCCAUCAAGGAGGGCGAGAUCAAGAACCAGUUUGGUCGCAAGGUAGCAAUUGAUGCCUCCAUGAGCAUCUACAGCUUCCUCAUCGCCGUCCGAUCCGAUGGUCAACAACUCAUGAACGAGGAGGGACAGACCACAUCACAUCUCAUGGGAAUGUUCUACAGAACACUGCGAAUGGUAGACAAUGGCAUCAAGCCUCUCUACGUCUUUGAUGGCAAGCCGCCCAAGCUCAAGUCCGGCGAGCUCGCCAAGCGCUUCCAGCGAAAGGCCGAAGCCCACGAAGGUCUUGAGGAAGCGAAAGAGACAGGCACGGCCGAGGAGGUCGAGAAGUUCUCCAGACGAACCGUCCGAGUUACGCGCGAACACAACCAAGAGUGCCAGAGAUUGCUGAAGCUCAUGGGCAUCCCCUACAUCGUUGCUCCCACCGAGGCUGAGGCUCAAUGCGCUGUUCUGGCCCAAGCCGGCAAGGUCUAUGGCACAGCAAGCGAGGAUAUGGACACCCUCUGUUUCGCGAGCCCCGUCCUGCUGCGACACAUGACGUACAGUGAGCAGCGCAAGGAGCCUAUCCAGGAGAUUCAUCACGACAAGGUCUUGGAGGGAUUGGGCAUGGAGCGCAAGCAGUUUGUGGAUUUAUGUAUCCUCCUCGGCUGCGAUUACCUCGAUCCUAUUCCCAAGGUCGGCCCCUCAACCGCCCUCAAGCUCAUUCGCGAGCACGGCACCCUUGAAAAGGUUACCGAGUGGAUGAAGAGCAGUGGCAAAUACACCAUCCCCGAUGAUUGGCCAUACGCCGAUGCCCGUGAUUUGUUCUUUGAGCCUGAUGUUCGCAAGGCUGACGACCCGCUCUGCGACUUCAAGUGGGAGAAACCAGAUAUGGACGGGCUCGUUACCUUCCUCGUGACUGAGAAGGGUUUCUCCGAAGACAGAGUCCGAUCAGGUGGCGCACGACUAGAGAAGAACAUGAAGAGCUCACAGCAAGCCCGCCUGGAAGGCUUUUUCAAGGUGAUACCCAAGACAGAUGAAGAGAAGAAGGCUCACAAGCGCAAGCUAGAGGAGCAGAAUGAAGUCCGAAAGAAGAAGGUCAAGGAUGAGAAGAAGGAAAAGGCCAAGCAAAAGGCCAAGCCUCGCGGUGCCUAAUGUUUGGCCCACAGAAGAACACUAGUGAUGAGUCGAGGACAUGCGACACUGGUUGAACAAAGUUUCAGGCGUUCGGAAAAUUGCUUUGCUUCUUUCGCACAGGCGUCCGGCGUGAUAUCGACGGAAGGAUUGCCGCCAAGACGCUCCAGAAGUUGGCAGUCUUAUAUUGAAUUUGAUUAAUCUAGUCCA